ACUAAAAUUUAUACUACAUUGAUAUAGGUUUUGUUUAAGCUCUUGCUUGAGCAAAUUUAACCUUAUCGGUGAUUAUUAAUAAUUAUAUUUAUCGAAUUUUGUAUAUUAUAAACGAUAAUAGCGAUAUAUAAUGUUGACACGAAAAAUAUGUUACAAUGGAAAUCGAUAUAUAUCAACAAUAAUUUAUAUGUCCAAAAGAAAUAUUCAAAAUAUGAGAAAUAUAGAAGCAUUUGAAGAGAAAAUAAGACUAUCUGAACAAAAAAAGAAAUUAGAACGAAGGCCACCAUUCUUAAAAAAUUUAUUUGUUGGUAAGUUUGACUUCGAUUUUAUGACCUUUCCUGAACCACAAUCUUCUGAAAGGUACAAACAAUUUUUUGAAUGGAUAAAACCAUUUGAAAAUUACAUAUCUUCCAUAAAUAAAAAUGAAAUAUCUACAACAGAAGUGUUUCAAAAAUUUAAAGAACUUGAUAUUUUACGAGCUAGAAUAGAUGCAAAAUAUAAUGGAUUAAAUAUGUCUGAAGCGGAAACUCUUAAAAUAUUAGAAACUUUAGGAUCUAUUCCUUGGCUAGCUACAACCUUUGUUAAAAAUAAUAUUAUACCUAUUGAUUUAAUUUCUAAAUUUGGUAAUGAAGCACAAAAAAGAAAUUAUUUACCUAAAAUAGGCAAUGGAGAAUUAUUACCAACAGUUUGUAUUACUGAAGUUAUGAGUGGUCCUAAUAUGAAAAACAUUGAAACCAAAGCAUCGCUUUCAGAUUGUGGUAAUUUUUGGAUAAUAAAUGGCAGGAAAGAAUUUGUGGCUAAUGGAUCAAAUUCUAAUCUCUUUCUAGUUAUUGCUCAAUCUGAUGAAAAGAAUUUUUCAUCAAAUCUCUUAUCCACAUAUAUAGUAGAAAGUAAUUAUGAAGGCAUUACUUGUAGCAAUAUUAUUAAUACAAUAGGUCAGCAGGAAGUACAUAUUUGUACAAUUGACUUCAAAAAUACAUAUAUUCCUAAAGCAAAUAUACUAGGUGAAAUGGGUAAUGGAAAUGAUGUUUUAUUAGAUGUAUAUACUCCUGGAAACAAUAAGGUUGCUGGAGAAGCAAUUGGCAUUUUACGACAUUUUUUGUCUUUAUUGAACAAAAAUAUUUUAGGAAGAAAACAUCUUGACAAAAAUAUGUAUGAAUUUGAAGCAGUACAAGAAGUUGUUGGAUUAAUAACAUGUAGUUUGUAUUGUAUGGAAAGCGUUGCAUUAUUUACUAGUGCAAUAGGUGAUCUUUAUGAAAAUCAAGAUUUGGAAUUAGAAAAGGCUGUAACAGAAACCUAUUGUGCCAAUGAAUGCAUAAAACAAAUUUAUAAAGGAUUGCAGGUGAUUGGAAUUGAAAGCUAUAUGAAAGAUAAUCCAUAUAUGAAAGUUUAUAAGGAUGCUUUAGGAUUGUCUUUAUUUGAUGGAUCUGCUAUUGAUGAAAAAAUAUAUAUAGCUUUAUUAGGUUUGCAAUAUGUUGGAAUAGAUUUUCAUGAAGAUAUUGUUAAAACAAGAAAUAAUUUACUAAAUCCUAUUCAUUUUCUAAAACAAAUAUUUUCUAACAAAAAAAUAAAUUUAUAUUUGUUUGAAUAUGCACAUUUAUCCUUCAAAAUGGCAUGUUCUUUAAUUGAACAAUGUCUUCAAAUAUUAGUAGAUAUAAGUACAAUGUUAUUAGAAACGUAUGGAACAGAAAUAUCUUCUAAACAUAUUAUAUUACAAAGACUAGCUGAUAUUACAAUUCAGUUAUACGUAACAAUUGCUGUAGUAACACGUGCAUCUAGGAGUUAUUGUACAGGAAUUAGAAAUGCCGAAAAGGAAAGAUAUAUAGCAAUGUAUGUUGCUCAACAGGCAUUUAAGGAAGUAAUAUUAUUAAAAGAGAUUAUAAUUAAUAACGAAUUACUCCAAAAUGAUAGAACAUUAGAAAAAUUAUCUGAAUCUGCAUUUCACUAUAAAGGAUAUAUGUGUGAACAUCCUUUGAAAAGAAAUUUGUAAUUACAUUAAAAGAUUUUCUAUGCAAUAUUGAUACAUUUCUUGACCAGUAAAGACUUAUAAUCUAAACAAUACAACUCGCAUAUGUUAUUUUUACAUUGUA